AUGAACCGGUCCAAGUCCUCAAGAACCAGUUGGACUUCAGACGAAUCAGAUUCCUUCCUCUCCAGGAAAGAAAUUUCGCUGUUCAGGAACAGCCUGAAGCAGAACAUCUGUGUGCAGAUGCUGCAGGACGGCUACCACAGGUCGUUCUCGGAGCUCUUCUCUCUCCUGGACGGGGAUCAGAGGGCGGCGCUGGAACCAGGAUCCUCCAGGGCUAAAACGCCACCGCUGGAGGAGCAACGCCACAAACUGGAGACCAUGAAGCUCCACCUGAGUCUGGCCGAGGAGGCCGACAGGAAAGGCGACCGGUCGGCGUCGUGUGAGCAGCUUCUGCUUUUGGGCGACUUCUUCUCGUCUCCGGAGGACGCGUGGCUGAGUCUGCACUUCUACCAUCGUUGUACGGAGAGAGGAGGAUGCAGGCCGGCGGCCGAGGCCCAGACACGCCUGGCCCAGCUCUACCUGCAGCAAGGUGAGCUGCAGCAGGCGAGGCAGCAGGCGGAGCUGUGUCUGCAGCAGACGGACCACCGGCCCCUCAGGCUCCGGGCCUGCAGAGAUCUGGGGGAGAUCUACGUCCGGCUGGCUGAGGCUCAAACUACCGACGUCCCCACGGCCCUGACGCUGCUGCACCGAGCCCUCGGCCUGGCCAGAGAGAACUUCAUUGCAGGACCUGUUUCGCACAUCUUUAACUUAUCCAUCGCCAACAACGAGAUCCCAGAGUCUGGUUUUAGGAAGCAGCAUAGCACAGUAUCCGCUGCUCUUAAAGUGGUCAACGACAUCACUGAGGCCUUGGACAGGAAGAACCACUGUGCCGCACUCUUUGUCGACUUGUCAAAGGCAUUCGACACCGUCGACCACUCCAUCUUAUGUCAGCGCCUCUCGGACAUUGGUUUUUCCUCCCAUGCUGUUGGCUGGUUUACAAACUACCUGUCUCAGCGUAAACAGGCUGUGCAGUUUGGUGAUCUGUCCUCCAACAUGCUUACUACCUCUAAUGGGUCCCAGAUGUCUCAGCUUAGACUGGUGGUGAAUGCAGGGAAGACCAAGGUCAUGCUCUUCUCCAACAGCAAGCAGGCGUCAGCGGCACUUCCUGGCAUUGUGUCUCGUCAGGGUGAGCACCGGCCGCUGGAAGGGCGGGUGUUGUUGGGACUGGGACGGACCAAUCAGAGGACGGGAGACCAGCAGGCAGCCCGACAGUUUUUCAGCAGCAGUUUGGAGAUUUACGAGUCCCUGGAGGAUCCAGACGGACUGAUGAGGAACUACAACGCUAUAGCCGAGUGUUUGGAGAGUGAGGGUCAGGUGGAGGAGUCGUCCCGGUUCCUGCAGGAAUCCGCCCUCGUCUGUCAGAGUGGAAAUCUGCAGAACCAACGAGCUGAAACCUGCUGGAGACUGGGGAGAAGCUACGUCACCCUGCGUCAGCUAGCGGCGGCGUACCAAACCUUCCUCCAGGGCUACCAGGUCCUGAGUGACGGAGGAGACGCAGCGCUGCUGAAGAAGUCACAGGUGGAGCUCGGCUGCUUCUCCACCCUGGAGCUGCUGGGAAGACACGCCCCCGACCUGCAGGCCACGCCCCCCUCCCCCUCCUCCGUCAGGAGGGUGGUGGUCUGGAAGGAGACCAGAGGACACCGGGACAUCGUCGUCCCUGACAACGCCAUCGCCGCUGACGACGCCAUCGCCGUUGACGACGCCAUCGCCGUUGACGACACCGUUGACGACACCGUUGACGACACCGUUGACGACACCGUUGACGACACCGUUGACGACACCGUUGACGACGCCCCCCCGCCACCGUCGCCAUGA